UUAUAUAUACAUAGUAUAUUUAUGCUGUGACAACUUUAUUUUGGAUGCGAUUAAUUGUUUGACAGCACUAUUUUGUUGACCUCACUGAGGUCAUAACACUCAGAUGUGUUGUGACCAUUCAAACUAGAAUGUGCCCCCUUUCAACUUUCUGGCCAACUUAUUUCUUCAAAAAUAACUUUUAACUUCCAAAUAAUUUGUUUAAUUAUUGAAAUGCUAAAUUAAUAUAGCCUAGGUUUAAUAUGCAAACCUUUUGUUUGCUGCAUGUCUGUUUAUAUUGCAGUUAAGUUUCUGCAGAUCAGUUGCUUUAAAACAGCAGAUCUGAUGUCAUCUGCUCACCUUUACGUUCAUGCACCAAACUCUUCAGACUUUUUUUUUUCUCUUUCUUUUUUUAUUCUCUCAGUGGAACAAAAGUGAUUUAACAUGCUGAUCAAAAGCUGUUUUUCAAUACUGUGAAACUACACGGUAAUCUGUCAAUCCCAUAUGCAAGAUUGGGAUUUGAGCCCAGGUCCCCUUGCUUUCUAAAAGAAGUCUACCAUGACAGUAGAGUGCAGUUCACAUUAAUAAUGAAUACACUGCUGUGAUUACAUUUCUAGUUCAGGUGCAUGAAGUUUAACUCUGUUUAAUGCUCAUUCAUGUUGCCAGGAAAUGCCAGAUCUUUAAAAAAAAAUAUAUAUAUAUAUAUAUAAAAAGAUUGCCAAGUUGCAUUAUCACUGGUGUCAGUUGUAAAUGUCAUGUAUUGUGUUAUAUGAGUGUUUCUCCCAUGUCUUAAUGCAUUAAGAAAUGUCUCAGUUGGGAGCAAAUUAUUUUACAUAGUGUUAAUACACUGGUGUUCGAUUGAGACUUAAGAGGGAAAACUAAGAAUUCCACCUGUUGUGGCAUCAUUUGACUGUCAUAAACCGAAUUGAGCACAUAUUUGUGAAAGUGCGUUCAACCAGAGGAACGGGGUGGAAACCGUUAUCGCCCGCCUGAGGGGAGGAGUCACCCACUGCUCCGGUUUGUCACUCAAGCUGCAUUAAAUAUAACCCUUCCGAGUCUUCAUCUCCAACUUUAAAUCCAACAGAAGGAAUUUACUCAUGGGAAACUGUUAAAGGGACUCACUUCCCGAUGGUGACCCGGACCACUUUGGCGUUUUAUUUAUUAGGAAGUACGCCUGGUCGCCUUUAUAAUGGAAACGUGUGUCGAGAGACGCGCUUGCCGUGUGGUUUUAACGGUCUUUCUGCUUGUCCUAAAUACUGUGAUUGCCGAGACUUUCUCUCCAUACGCGGACACCGAUAACCCACUGAGUAAAGUUACCGAAACUUUUUUUACCCGAACUGGUUUAAAACAAACCUCUUCCUGGCCGGGGAGAGAGGCCACUGCGACAGCCGUGGAUCUAUCGACUGGACUGGACGAGAUGACGGACAUCCCCGUCAGUGUGUCCACCACUGGGGCUCGAGAGGGACAUUUAGAAAAACUUUUAGGCAUCUCUGCAAACACAGCUGGCUGGAGGAUGACCUCGGAAGAUGCCACCGAAGAUCUGCAGACUGACAAAGCGAUAACUCCAUCAGCAGCAUCGCACAGCAUCACCAACCACCAUCCCGUUACAGAGGCUCGAAAAGUGCAAGAGUUAACCCAUAAUGCCACAGACCAAUGGGAAGCUCCAUCAGUAGCAUCACACAGCAUCACCAGCCACCAUCCCGUUACAGAGGCUCGAACAGUGCGAGAGUUUACCCAUAAUGCCACAGACCAAUGGGAGGCUCCAUCAGUAGCAUCGCACAGCAUCACCAGCCACCAUCCCGUUACAGAGGCUCGAACAGUGCGAGAGUUUACCCAUAAUGCCACAGCCCAAUGGGAGGCUCCAUCGGUAGCAUCACAGAUCAUCACCAGCCACCAUCCCGUUACAGAGGCUCGAACAGUGCGAGAGUUUACCCAUAAUGCCACAGCCCAAUGGGAGGCUCCAUCAGUAGCAUCGCACAGCAUCACCAGCCACCAUCCCGUUACAGAGGCUCGAACAGUGCGAGAGUUUACCCAUAAUGCCACAGCCCAAUGGGAGGUUCCAUCAGCAGCAUCGCACAGCAUCACCAGCCACCAUCCCGUUACAGAGGCUCGAACACUGCGAGAGUUUACCCAUAAUGCCACAGCCCAAUGGGAGGUUCCAUCAGCAGCAUCGCACAGCAUCACCAGCCACCAUCCCGUUACAGAGGCUCGAACAGUGCGAGAGUUUACCCAUAAUGCCACAGACCAAUGGGAGGCUCCAUCAGCAGCAUCACAGAGCAUCACCAGCCACCAUCCCGUUACAGAGGCUCGAACAGUGCAAGAGUUUACCCAUAAUGCCACAGGCCAAUGGGAGGCUCCAUCAGUAGCAUCACAGAGCAUCACCAGCCACCAUCCCGUUACAGAGGCUCGAACAGUGCGAGAGGUUCCCGUGACGGAUCUAAAAGAAAUUGACACCACUGACUCUGUCUCUCACACUGAUAGCACCUACAUUUCCACAACCAACCGAGUCAGAGAACACACGGUCCUCUCGGUGACCUCCAACAGCACCUCUGCGUACACCGAGGACUCCAACUCCUCGGAUGCUGUCUUUCAAACCUCCAGCUGGGAAGUGAGAACAUCAGGAGCCACCCAGGGCAAGAAGGAAACCGUAGAAGAUGUAUCUACAUUGCAUGAACAGACUGAACCCACUUUUGAAGAUCAUAAUGCCACCAAUGCAACUCAAGGCCACUCUUUGGAGACUGAGCAGUCAACGUUUUCCCAUGGCACUGAGUCACAGACGGGACAAUCCAGUGUCACAGGACAGACUUUUCAACAGGUGUCUGAUAAUGACAAUCCAAAUUCAACACCCCCUCUUACAACAAUCAACAGAGAUCAAGGGGAAAUGGACACCACAUCGAUGAGUGGUGGGACAUCUUAUACAGAAACCAGUCACUCUGUGUCAUCUAUCCCACCUUUUACCUCCGGUGGCCACAAUGCCACUAGUACAUCCCAACAGAGCCGACAUUCCACAAUGACUAAUUCCCUGGAUCCUGAUGCCUCCACUGAGUUUUCUACUGGAUCUGUCAGCUCAACUGGCCGUGAGGAGCUCGAAGGGUCUCCGACCCAUACAAUGGAGAAGACAACCAUUCAGGGCUUGACCACUGCACCCCCAGUGCCCGAAGAUGUAGCCACCACAACUGAUGACUCAUUUACAAAGUUCCAUGCUGGCAAACCACCCUUCGUCCCAAAAACUGAUGAUCCGACCAACACAGAAGUGGUGCCAACAUCUGCCAUGCCAACAACUCAUAGGCCACAUGUUACAGAGGAAGCCACUGAUGAGGCAUCAACUGUUUACAGUUCUACCAACAGUUUCACUACAAUGAUUCCUCCCGUCACCACCCAUCAGCUCCAAACGAGUACCACACCGCAAGUCCAAACAGAACACACUACCAUCGCUACCACAGAUAUUUUUCCGGUACUGCGGACGACACCCACCACAGCCCAACGUCCGCUUACCUCCACUACUGGUGGACCACAGGCACCGAGUACAUCUGAUUCUGCUGAUGUCACCACCUUGCACUUAGAAACCAGCACGGCAACACCAGGGAACACGACUGCGCAUGGCAGACGUGCAACAACACCUUACAGCAAGAGCACCCCAACCAAAACCACUGUGCUGGAAACCACCCGGAAUCACACGGACAGAAGCACAACAGAGAUGGGAAUGACAACCACACACAUGCCAUUUAAGUCAACAGCAUCUCCAGAUCACGUGUGUGGGCUUUGUGCAAAUGGAGGCCACUGUGUUAGAUCAGCUAAGGGAAGUUCCCACUGUCAGUGUCUGCCUGCAUGGACAGGACCCUUCUGCACGGAACAUGUGGAUGAGUGUGUGAAUAGUCCGUGCCCAAAGGAUUCAGUGUGUGUCAACACUGGUGGCUCUUUCAGCUGUCAGUGUGCCCUGGGCUUUGACUUGGAGGAUGGCCGCAGUUGUACGCAAGUGAAGACAUUUUUGGGCACCUUCACCGUCAACACCUCAAUGCAUCUCAGAAGCUCAGGUUCGCAUGAGCUGCACAGAGAGAUUUUACAGCUGCUCAAUGCCUCGCUCUCCGUCUUCAAUGGCUACCGGCGUUCCACUUUAAAUAAAAAAGAUGGAGGAGAUGUGCAGAUCUCAGCAGUGAGCAUGUUUUCACUCUCCACCAAUGUGACCAGCACGGAUGUCUUCAACAGCAUCCAGAUGUCCCUGAGCAACUGCAGCCGGACGUACUCGCACUGCACCAUUAAGCUUCAGCACCAUCUCUCCUAUCAAGCGGAGAGCCUGUGUUCGGCCCAGAAGACCAAGUGUGAUUUUCAGUACUCUGAGUGCAAGGAAUCUAGCGGGACCCCGUACUGUCAGUGCAAACCAGGAUACUUUAAAAAGAACCCAGAGGACAUGACCUGCAGAGUUUUAGACUGUGGAGAUGGACUCAUGCUUGUUAACGGGAGCUGUGUUGAGUGCAUUUUUGGAUUUGGAGGUUUCAACUGCAGUAAUUUCUAUAAGCUGAUAGCUGUGGUGGUCUUUCCUGCUGGAGGAGCUCUUCUGUUAAUUGUCAUCAUUGCACUUAUAGUCACCUGCUGCAAAAAGGACAAAAAUGACAUUAACAAAAUCAUUUUCAAAAGUGGAGACCUUCAGAUGUCGCCCUACUCAGAGUUUCCUAAGAGUAAUCGUGUGUCUAUGGAGUGGGGCCGAGAGACUAUCGAGAUGCAGGAGAACGGCAGUACCAAAAAUCUCCUGCAAAUGACAGACAUUUAUUACUCGCCUGCACUUAGGAACGCUGACCUGGAGCGUAAUGGCCUGUAUCCAUUCUCCGGUCUCCCCGGUUCGAGGCAUUCCUGCAUCUACCCAGCUCAGUGGAACCCUUCCUUCUUAAGCGACGAUUCACGGCGAAGGGACUACUUCUGACGGCCUUAGCCAGCAGGCGUGCAAUUUGAUACUGCAUAUAAGCUCUUUCGGCAUGGUUGGACCUGCCACAGAUCCUGGAGCUGGAUACUGACCACUUUUUGCCUUUGAAUGUGAAAAUGAGUUGGCAGAAAAAGACCAUUAUCUGUGAGACUGGAAGAAAGCCGCAGAGGCCUGUCUGGGUCAAUUUAGCAUUUGAAAACAGUAAGACUUUAGUUUCUGGUGUGGAGCUAAUGAACUGAUCUUCUCAUAGCUCCUCGCAGAGCGUUUAUUCUUAAGUGGAAGGCAGUGAAAUUAGAAUAACAUAUUAAGAUGCCCUUGCUACAGUAUAACUUUUAUAUUAUAAAAGUUUGCACUAUGAACUCCUCAAACAGAUAUUAUCUCAAAUGGAAAAAGCCAUAAAUGUAUCAUAUUUAUACUUGGAAUAAUGUACCAGCUGGUUUGUACUGUGUUUUGUGUGCGAUGGGGUAUCUGUAUGUGUGUUUGUGUAUGGUAAUCAAAAGUUAAAGAGAUGGUUCACUCCAAAAUGAAAACUCUGAUAUCAUGUACUCUCCCAAAACAUGUAUACCUUUGAUUCCUUGGUCUUAUAGACCAUUAUCAGUAUGUUUUAUGGUGUUUUUUGGAGCUUAACAGCCCCUCGUCCCAUUCACCUACACUGUAUGGAAUAGAGCAAUGUAAACAUUUUUUUUUUUUUUGUGUGUGUGUGUGUGUGUGUUUAAAACAAUACGUUGUACAUUGUUACAUUUUUGGGGUAAACCAUCCCUUUAAUGCUUUGUAGUGGUAUAGUUUUUAUCAGAGAAAUGUUGUGAGAUUUACGCUGGAGAACUAAACCUGUGUAAAAGCUGGUAGGAUUUUGAAAACAUAUUACUGGAUGCAGCAUUCGUGUGAAAUGUAGCAAAUAUUGCCACACGGUAUUACAGUUUGUUUGAACAACAGUAAUAAUCAUAAAACACAGUGCUGCCUUGUUUGUUUUCUUAUUUAUUUUAUUUAAAUGUUCUGUAUCAGAUUAAGAUACUGUAGUAUGAUCUGAGGACCUCCCAUGUGUUUGUAUGGAUGCUUGGUGGUGCAUGAGAGGAUGGACUUCACCUGGUUCCAGGUGGCCAUUUUAUUUUAGCUUGCGUGUGUUCUUGUGAGAUGUGCUUUAUUUGUAAUCUUUAAUAUCAGACACCGCUUUCCUCAUUAGCAUUUUUCCCCUCCUCUGUGGAUGGACACUUGAAUCUGGCGUUGUAGUCAGAAGUGUAUUGUAAAAUAAAAUAGAAAUAAAGUAUGAUUUCUUA